AUGAUGAAGGGACCAUCGUCAUUUGGUAAGAGGCGGAACAAGACCCACACUCUUUGCCGGCGAUGUGGGGCUAAAGCAAUUCACCUGCAGAAACCGACCUGCGGUAAAUGUGCCUACCCUGCCAAGAGAAAGAGAAAGUAUUACUGGAGUGCUCAGGCCAAAUGGAGAACCACAACUGGUACAGGCUGCAUGAGGUACCUGAAGGUGGUGUAUCGCCGAUUCAGGAAUGGAUUUUGUGAAGAGACCACCCCAAAGUCCAGACGUUCCACAAUGGCUUCCUCCAGCACUGCACAAAUUACCUACACAACAAGUAAAGCUAUGGUUCGGAAAGUUUUAAAAAAAUACAUUAUGCUGGCACUCCAGAAGCCAUACUGCCAUGACUGGCACUGA